AUGAAACUCUCUUAUCCUUGUUUAUCUGAAGCUAAUAACAAUGAUCUUGCACUCGCAGUCAGGAUAGCCCGACACUCUCCCUGUACUGCGUGUAAUUCUUGUCCUGGUUUGCGACCCCCAGCAAGCGUCGAGGUGGUUCUGAAUGAUGAUGUUCACCAAAAGUCUCUACUCGGCGAUCUAACACAAUACGGCUCCGACGAAGAGGAUGGCCCCACAUACAUUGAAACGUGUAUAUGUGGCCACAAUGUAGCAGACCACGGUAGUCAAUUAGCCGCCUUAGGACGGGAGGAAUUUUCUCGCAGGGCACGCCUUGCAGUUCGUCUUGAUGAACUUCUCCAAGAGGCAGGCAGGCAACUUGAUUUCAAUUAUGCAGAUGAAGACAUCGACUCCCUCAAGCAACAAAUGAAGCUUCCCGUCUCUAUGGUUAGCAUAGUGUCUCCUUCCAUUCGUACGUCA